AUGAAAAAUGCUGCCACCGCCGCUGCCAGAUAUUUACACCCUUCUCAGAACCUCAGCCAAUCACCAGACUACCACGCUGUGGCCAACUUAUAUGCAGCGCAGCUUCAACUUUGCUUCCAGCAUGGCUCUACCACCUACUCUCUCGCCCCGGCCAUUCAUGCCCACAUGAUCACUUUUGGAUUCAAGCCACGAGGCCACAUCCUCAACCGUCUAAUUUAUUUCUACUGCAAAUCUUUCAACUUCAUCCACGCGAAACGGCUGUUCGAUAAAAUUCCCCAACCAGAUGUUGUUGCGAGAACCACUUUGAUUUCAGCUUACUCUGCUUCUGGAGACCCCAAGUUUGCACGUGAUAUAUUUGAUAAAACGCCAUUAAGAAUUCGUGAUACUGUCUGUUUCAAUGCCAUGAUAACUGGCUAUUCGCAUAACAAUGACGGGCACGCUGCUAUUCAGAUAUUUAAUGAAAUGAGGCGAAAGGGUUUUGAGCCCGAUAAUUUUACUUACACGAGCGUACUUGGUGCUUUGGCACUUAUAGCUGAUCAUGAAAAGCACUGCCAGCAAUUUCAUUCUGCUGUUGCUAAGUCAGGAACCUUGUGGCUUACUUCAGUGGUGAAUGCUCUCAUAUCGGUUUAUGUAAAGUGUGCUUCCUCACCAUUGGCGUCUUCUUCUUUGCUGAUGAGUUCAGCAAGAAAGUUAUUUAAUGAGAUGCCUGUGAAAGACGAGUUGUCAUGGACAACAAUCAUCACAGGGAAGAUGCAUUCUUUGGGGAUUAAACAUGACGAAUUUACCUAUACAAAUGUGCUCAGUGCCUGCGCUGAUGCCGGAUUCUUUCUUCAUGGUAAGCAGGUUCAUGCUUAUAUUAUCCGCACAGAGUCAAACUCUAUAAGGGAAUUUCCGGUGUCUGUGAAUAAUGCAUUGAUUACAUUGUAUUGGAAAUGUGGUAAGAUUGACCAAGCAAAGACAAUUUUUGAUAACAUUUUGGGCAAGGACCUUGUUUCAUGGAAUGCAAUUUUAUCAGCAUUCGUGAGUGCAGGAAGGAUAACUGAAGCCAAAUCCUUUUUCAAUGAGAUGCCAAAUAAGAUGGCUCAUAGGAAGCAUCAUCUAGAUAACCACUGUUGUGAAAAGUCAUUAAAGAUCGAGGAAGAGAAGAGAGACUUUUCACUCUUCUUGUGGAAUGAGAAUACUACAUAA